CCGCUGCCAUGGAGCUCACCGCCCUUACCGACGGGACCUCCUCCACCCAUGCGGCCGCUUCGGCCGCCGCGAUCGUCCCCGCCGGCGCUCCGCGUCACGCCGGCCCCGUGCUGCUCUCCUUCGCUGCCGGGAACUACUCCAAGUGGUGCAUCUACAUGCGCGCUUCCCUGGGCCGCUCCGGCUACCUCGGCCAUGUCGACGGCACCGUCGCCGACGCCCCCACCGACGCUGCGUGGGCCACCGCCGACUACACCGUCCUCAACCACCUCCACGCCGCCAUCGACGAAGACGUCGCGGACAUGAUCCUUGCGGGGAAUCAGACCGCGCGUCAGCUGUGGCUCGCGGCACGCGACCUCUUCACCGCGAACAAGGCGAACAAAGCCAUCUACCUUGACAAUGACUUUCGCCAGCUUGUGCAGGGAUCUCUCUCCAUCCACGAGUAUUGUCGCCGCCAGAAGCACCUCACCGAUGCGCUCUUCGACAACGACUCUCCCGUGAGCGACCGCGCCCUCGUCCUCAACACCCUGCGCGGCCUCGGCCCUCGUUUCGCCUCCGCCGCCACGGUCAUCUCCAUGACCGACCCGCUGCCCACCUUCCUCCGCACCAGGGCCAUGCUCCUGUUGGAGGAGAUGCAGCAGGCCAACGCGGUGGCCACCUCCGCCAACACCGCCCUCGUCGCCCAGGCCCGCGGCCCCGCCUCUUCAUGCCCCGGCCCCGGCUGCCGCGGUGACGGUCCCGCCCCUGGUGCGGGCGCCGGGAAAGGCAAGCAGCCGGCCAAGCAGAAGGGCCGCACUGGCGGAUGCCAGGGUGGAGGCGCCACCCAGGGCACCCAGCCCGCCCGCGCGCCGGCCCCGACCGGCCCGUGGGUCUGCUUCUCUCCGGGUGCUGGCCAGUGGUGCGCCCCCUCCUCUGGACAGGGCAUCCUGGGCCCUCGGCCCCAGGCCUACACCGCCACCGCGCCGUCGACCUCAGCGACCACAUGGGACAGCUCGGCUCUCAUCGCCGCCCUCAACAACCUCGCGCUUCAGCAAGGUGGUUGGGUCAUGGACUCAGGCGCGUCCUCACACAUGACCAACGACGAUGGACCUGAAGACCCGUCGCGUGAUUCUUCGUUGCAAUAGUGACGGAGAUCUCUACACCUUUCCCGGGAGGAGCAGUUUUCGCCGUUCCUCCUCCACCGCUUUGGUCGUCACCGCCACCGCCGAGCUAUGGCACCAGCGUCUUGCCCAUCCUGGGCAUGAUGCCAUGUCGGCUCUUCAGCGUCUAGAUUUUAUCAAGUGUAAUAAAUUUAGUCGUACUCGGGUGUGUCAUGCAUGUCAACUUGGCAAGCACGUCCGUUUACCGUUUCGUCAGUCUACUACCGCAUCUAGUGCCAUUUUCGAUUUGAUACAUUGUGAUUUGUGGACAUCUCCAAUUAUAAGCACCUCUGGUUUUCGAUAUUACCUUGUCAUUGUCGACGACUACUCUCACUUUUAUUGGUCUUUUCCACUUCGCAACAAGUCUUGUACUGCCCGCACUCUCGAAACCUUUUUCGCUUAUGCGCGCACGCAGUUUGGUGUUACUAUUCGCUCUCUCCAGACAGAUAACGGUACCGAGUUCCUCAACAAGACUGUUGAUACUCUCCUCACCACCCACGGCACCGCCUUACGGCUGUCAUGCCCAUACACCUCCCAGC